CAACGGAGGCGCCGACGAUGGGAGGUCGAACGGAGCUGACGGCAAGUCUGAGGCGGAAGGCGGCGGCGCCAACGACGAGCUGGACGGAGGCGGCGACAAAGACGAGGCGUACGGAGGCGGCGGCGACGGCGAGGCCGAGGGAGGCGGCGGCGAAGGCGUUGCGCACGGAGGCGGCGGCGACGGCGAGGCUGACGGAGGCGGCGGCGAGGGCGAGGCGGACGAAGGCGGCGGCGACGGCGAGGCGGAGAGAGGCGGCGGCGACGGCGAUGCCGAGGGAGGCGGCGGCGACGGCGAGGCGGAGGGAGGCGGCGGCGACGGCGAGGCGGAGGGAGGCGGCGGCGACGGCGAGGCGGAGGGCGGCGGCGGCGAGGGCGAUGCGGACGGCGGCGGCGGCGACGGCGAUGCCGAGGGAGGCGGCGGCGACGGCGAGGCGGACGGAGGCGGCGGCGACGGUGAGGCGGAGGGAGGCGGCGGCGAGGGCGAGGCGGAGGGCGGCGGCGGCGAGGGCGACGCGGACGGCGGCGGCGGCGACGGCGAGGCGGAGGGAGGGGGCGGUGACGGUGAGGUGGACGGCGGCGGCGGCGAUGGUGAGGCGGACGGAGGCGGUGGUGGGGGUGAGGUGGACGGCGGCGGCGGAGCCGGUGAGGCGGAGGGAGGCGGCGGCGAGGGCGACGCGGACGGCGGCGGCGGCGACGGCGAUGCCGAGGGAGGCGGCGGCGAGGGCGACACGGACGGAGGCGGCGGCGAUGGCGAGGUGGAGGGAGGCGGUGGCGAGGGCGAGGCGGACGGCGGUGGCGGCGACGGCGAUGCUGAGGGCGGCGGCGGCGACGGCGAUGCCGAGGGAGGCGGCGGCGACGGCGAAGCGGACGGAGGCGGCGGCGAUGGUGAGGCGGACGGAGGCGGCGGCGAGGGCGAGGCGGAGGGAGGCGGCGGCAAGGGCGACGCGGACGGCGGCGGCGGCGAGGGCGACGCGGACGGCGGCGGCGACGACGGCGAGGCGGAGGGAGGGGGCGGCGACGGUGAGGUGGACGGCGGCGGCGGCGAGGGCGAGGCGGACGGAGGUGGCGGCGAUGGUGAGGUGGAGGGAGGCGGUGGCGAGGGCGAGGCGGACGGCGGUGGCGGCGACGGCGAUGCCGAGGGAGGCGGUGGCGACGGCGAGGCGGACGGAGGUGGCGGCGACGGUGAGGUGGAGGGAGGCGGCGGCGAGGGCGAGGCGGAGGGAGGCGGCGGCGAGGGCGACGCGGACGGCGGCGGCGGCGAGGGCGAGGUGGAGGGAGGCGGCGGCGAUGGUGAGGCGGAGGGCGGCGGGGGCGACGGCGAGGCGGACGGAGGCGGCGGAGACGGUGAGGCGGACGGAGGUGGCGGCGAUG